AUGUUCUCGGAUUUUCUUUCAACACCACUUGAUAGUAGCUCACCUAGAAUGGCUUAUAGUGCAUCUCCAAGAUCAAGAAAACCAGCUAUAUACAGAGGAACACCACCAACAUUUACUUCAACAUUAAGGUGUGUUCAAUCAGGUACAGAAAUUGGAUUACCAGAAGAAACAUGGGAAGUAAAUAUUGAACCAGACGGUACUAUUAAGAAAGAAGGUAAAACACUAAAUUCUGAGUUAAUUGAGCCAUUACCUCGGUUUGCAAUUGGGAUUGCUCAAACACGUGGUGUAAGAGAAAAUAUGGAAGAUGUUAUAUCUACUUGUCAUUUAGAACGAAAUAAAGAUUUGGUUGGAGUGUUUGAUGGACAUAAUGGAGAUUCAGCUGCUCGGAUAGCAGCUACAUUAUUAAAACAAGAUACUAAAAAUUAUACAUUACUUGAUGAUAUUCAUUUUAUUGAUUUAUUUAAUCAUUUACAAAAGAAGAUUGUUUCACAAACACAAAGUGGAACUACUGCAACAGUACUUUAUCUAGGCUGUGAAAUAGUUAAAAUAGCAUAUGUAGGUGAUUGUUCAGUGUAUUUAAUUGAUAAUAAUGGAAUAAAUAAAAUUACUGUACCACAUCGUUGUGGAAAUAUUCUAGAAGAAAAAAGGAUAUUAACAAGUGGUGGAACGAUAGAAGAUAUUGAUGGAAUAAGACGUGUGAAUGGAAUAAUUAAUAUUACUAGAAGUUUAGGUGAUAAAGAACUUCAUCCUCCAUUAUCCUUUGAACCAGAGAUAUAUUCAGUUAAUGUAAAAAAAGGAUUGAGUCAUAUUGUAAUAAUAAGUGAUGGUGCUGAUACAGUAAAUGAAAAAGAACUAGAAAAGAUGAUUAGAAGAUCUCCAACAGUUUCUAUUGCAGCAGCAGCAAUUAGAAAUGAAGCAUUUAAACAAAAAAGCAAAGAUAAUAUUUCUGUUGUUGUAGUUGAUAUGAAAUUUAGUUCAUAUGAAAGAAAAACAACAUCACCUUUAGUUGAUGAUUUAUGUAUUGCAGGUGGUGAUGAAGACAAUCCAUUUGAUUUUUAA